CACUGGAAGCCACGCCCCCCUAGGACGUAGGGCGCAAUAGCGGAAAUGACGACACCGAGCGCCGCAUUAAAACCCGUAGGCGGAACUUUGGCGCUCUCUCGGCUUUAGCGCCAUCUUCUUAGAAACCUCUGCGAGAUGAGAGCCAAGUGGAGGAAGAAGCGAAUGCGCAGGCUGAAGCGUAAAAGAAGGAAGAUGAGACAGAGGUCCAAGUAAUCUUGUACACCCGUGGAGGCCAAAGGAGCAGAAAUAAGGAAUGCUGGAGGCUGAGGACGCUGGUACAAGUUAUUGGACUGCAUGCUGUCUAGAAUGUUUCAGUGCGUUAGAAAUUCAUUGACAAUGACAGCAAAGACCACCUCAAAGAGAUCCACCUUGUUGAUGACUAAAGCAGUACCCCCCAUCUUUUGCCCUGGAGCUGUGGCAUUCUGGACUACUUCUGUUCUUACUUGCGGCCGAGUGUAACACGUGUACAAUAAAUCAUCUCUUCUGUGUUAGCUGAAGAAUCAAAUUGUCUAUUUCAUUUUUUUGUACAGUUCCACUGAACGUGGAUUCUAUGUUGCUAGUUUGUGUCCUAUCGCCACUGUGCUAUGGAAAAUCAACCUAUAAUGGCAGCAGUCUGGGUGUACUAUGUAAAACUACCUUUACUUGACAUUGAGAAAGACGUGUAUGUAUACUUAGAGGAGUGUUUUUAAGCUCGCGGGAAAGUUUUAAGGCAGGUGUUGGGACCGCCCCUACUUUUCCUUCUCUAUAGUUCCGGCUGGGGGGUCACUUGCGCGGCUGUUAGCUUCGAUUGCUAUGACUACACGCAAAGGUUGCUGGGAACUUCCUGUCUUUUUCACACUGUUCGCUUAUCAUAGAGUAUAGUUCCGGGUCUGAUAGCUAGAGUGUCACUUCCGCAGGAAGCGGAAGAGCCAUAAGGUGGGCGGCUCUUUGUCGAAGCUAGAGGACCGGCAGGCGGCAGCAGCAACUACGGCGGCGGCGGCAGAAUCCAGCAGUGAUGUGGAGGUGGAGACCCACAGGAGCCCGGGACUUCACCUGAGCUACCUCAGGUAUCAAUUCUGGGAGAAUUGAUUGGGGAGGAGUAUCAUACCCAAUUAUCUGCUUCUGCAGUCACCAAGAGUGGCACGAAAAGGAAGAAGGCCCUGAGUCAGGGGGGACCAGGAUGCCUGACCGGGACGGCUAUGCCAAUGGUACCGGGAGUAGCGGUGGAGGCCCUGGCGGUGGUGGCAGUGAAGAGGCCAGUGGCACGGGGGCAGGCAGUGGUACAGCCAGCUCCGAUGCCAUCUGUAGAGACUUCCUAAGGAAUGUAUGCAAGAGAGGCAAGCGCUGUCGAUACCGCCACCCAGACAUGAGUGAAGUGUCCAAUUUAGGGGUGAGCAAAAAUGAAUUCAUCUUCUGCCAUGACUUCCAGAACAAGGAGUGUAGUCGCCCAAACUGCCGUUUCAUCCAUGGCUCUAAGGAGGAUGAAGAUGGCUAUAAAAAGACAGGAGAACUUCCCCCACGGUUGAGGCAGAAGGUGGCUGCUGGCCUGGGCCUUUCACCAGCCGACCUACCAAAUGGCAAGGAGGAGGUCCCUAUCUGCCGAGAUUUCCUCAAGGGAGACUGUCAAAGAGGAGCCAAAUGCAAGUUCCGUCACCUGCAGCGGGACUUUGAAUUUGAUGCUCGGGGUGGUGGUGUCACUGGUGGUGGGGCCUCAGCAGGCUCCAUUCCUCCAGGACGCCGACAUGAUCUCUAUGACAUCUAUGACCUUCCUGACAGGGGCUUUGAGGACCAUGAGCCAGGCCCCAAGCGUCGGCGAGGUGGAUGCUGCCCUCCUGAUGGUCCUCAUUUUGAAUCAUAUGAGUACAGCUUGGCUCCACCUCGAGGGGCAGAGUGCAGGCUGCUAGAGGAGGAGAAUGCAAUGCUCAGGAAGCGCGUGGAGGAGCUGAAGAAGCAGGUCAGCAACCUGUUAGCCACCAAUGAGGUACUUCUGGAACAGAAUGCCCAGUUCCGCAAUCAGGCAAAGGUCAUGACCCUUAGCUCCACUGCACCAGCAACUGAGCAAACUCUGGCACCCACUGUGGGCACUGUCGCUACUUUUAACCAUGGCAUUGCCCAGACUCACACUACUCUCAGCAGCCAGGCUCUGCAGCCCCGCCCUGUGUCCCAGCAAGAACUGGUGGCCCCUGCUGGAGCACCAGCUGCUCCCCCAACUAACGCUGCACCUCCUGCUGCUCCACCACCCCCACCACCACACUUGAACCCAGAGAUCACACCAUUGUCAGCUGCUCUGGCACAAACAAUCGCCCAAGGAAUGGCACCUCCACCUGUCUCCAUGGCUCCUGUGGCUGUAUCUGUGGCUCCUGUGGCUCCAGUGGCUGUAUCAAUGGCCCAACCCUUGGCUGGAAUCACAAUGAGCCAUACCACUACUCCUAUGGUGACUUACCCCAUUGCUUCCCAGAGCAUGCGCAUCACAGCCAUGCCACACUGAUCACGUUAAUGGACACUCCCUUGGUAUAGCCUGUCAGGGCUGGGUCAAGGGGUCUCUACCCACUCCCUUAGCCCUCCUGGGCCCUAUCGGAAGGGCUCACUCAACCAGGAUGAGAGACUAUAAGGAGUAUGCUUUUGAGGAGCAUUUCCUGAGGUAGGGUUAGGCUGGCAUGUUCUCUCACCUGUCUUUUAAGAGGGUCUCGUGUCUUUCCUUCAUGCCUAACUCAGGUGGGGCCUUGCAUAGAAGUGCAGACUGAAGCCAUCAGAGGGGAAGGACUGACUGAGGGGCUGUGUUUUAUGGGAAGUAGGGGAUAACCCUGGUCUUACCCUCUUGGAAACAGUACAAGUUCAAGUACAGGUUUUAGAAGAAAAAAAUUGCCCACCCAAAAGGAAAGCCAGGAAAGAUUGAGAGGUGGGUGGCCAGGAGAGAGGUUUCAGCAGUCCUCAGAUCAUUUGGGGCCUAACUGGGUUGGAUAAUAGAAAAACUGCUCUGGGGCCCCUGGGAAGGCCGGGACCAUAGUACUCCAGCCCAAAGACGAGAGGAGCAUUCAUUUAACUAGCUUGGCCUGGAAAUCUGUAGGGCAGGGCCCACUACUUUCCAAAGAAAUAAAAGAAUUAUUUUUAACAAAUGAA